UUUAUUGUUACAGAUGCAUUUCGUGGCUUCUGCAGCAGGAGCAGUAAUGCUCGUAUUUUUACUGGUUAUCAGUGUUUUUCAGGUGGAGGGCUCUCCACAUUUGUUGGAUUCGCAAUGUGCAUUGGCGAAAUCCGAUGGGGUACAGUACCGCAUGAUCCGGGGCAAACGUGCUGAUGUACUUUCCAACCCCUGGAUGGUGAUAGUAAUCGAACGCGGGAUAAUGAAGUGUGGAGGGUCCCUCAUCAGCCCACGAUUUGUACUGACCGCUGCGCAUUGCAGAAGCGAAAGCAACCGACAACUUACAGUGCGUUUGGGGGAGUAUGAUGUUAAUCAGCCACUUGAUUGCACGCGUUAUGGCUGUAUUCCUCGGCCCAAGGAAAUCAAUGUGACCAGAAUCUUUUUUAAUGGUCAAUUCACCGACUUCCACCGAAAUGAUAUAGCACUUCUCAAGCUGGAAACGGCAGUUCAAUUCAGCGAGCACAUAAGACCGAUCUGCUUGAUAAUGGGGGACUCGAAUUGGUCGGGGAAGGUACUGAGGCACAUUGCGUUAUUCAACACUACUGGAUGGGGUCGCACCGAAAGCAACACUAACAGCGCCGGCCUCAUGCAGACAACCCUGACGCACUUGAGCCCCGCCUUCUGCUCCCAAUACUUCAAAAGUCAACUAGAUCACAGCCAGAUCUGCGCGGGCAGCUCGACGAGUGCCACUUGUUCCGGGGACUCGGGAGGGCCCUUGAGCGCCAGGUUGCUGUUCCAGCGGGAGAAGCGGGUCAUCCUCUUCGGGGUGGUUAGUUAUGGGUCAAAUGUCUGUAACGGGCCCACUGUCUUCACGAAUGUCCUGUCCCAUUCCAAGUGGAUCGAACGCGUGGUUAGAAAUAAUUAAAUUU